AUGGCUAUCGUCGCUGUUGCCGGAGGCACUGGAGGCAUUGGUAAGAGUGUACUAGAGCAUCUGCAGCAUUAUGGUUCCCACCACAAAAUCUUCCUCCUCGGUCGCAAGACUCCAACCGAGCCCCUUCCCAGGUCUCCGACAUUUCUCGAGUUCAACUAUGCAGAUGUUAGCUCGCUGGUCACCACCCUGCAGGAUUAUGCAGUCGACACAGUGAUUUCUACCAUCAACCUCGAGACCGAUGCUGGCAGCCAGUCGCAGCUCAACCUCAUUGCUGCGGCUGACAAGUGUCAGACUACUCGGCGCUUUAUUCCGAGCAAGUUUGUUUCGCAGCUUGACGAAGAUGACGCCAACUCGGGACCUGGAAUUGGUGGCUGGAUCCCCAAUGCCCGAGCACUGAAGAAGACAAGCCUCGGGUAUAUCCGCAUCUCGAUCGGCUUCUUCUCGGACUACUGGGGCAUGUCUCAUAUCAAGAGUAACCUGAAGCCGUUCCCGUUCUUCAUCGACGUGGAGAACGGAAAAGCUAUGGUUUUUGACACUGGUCAGGACAAAUUCACUGUUACAUACAGUGAAGAUCUCGCCCGUAUGAUCGUUCGACUCCUGGAUGCGGAAGAAAAGUGGCUCCCAGUUGCCUUCUUGUCUGGCUUGGACAUCUCUCUUAAUGAGGUUAUCGCAAGUGUCGAGGAGGUCCGCGGCUCCAAGAUCGACGUGACCUACGACUCUGCCGAAAAGCUGGCUAAGGGAGAGGUGGCGCUUCUGUUCCCUUCGGAAGAGGUUAACGAGGGCGAGUUUAAGGCCCUGCUGGCGGGGGUGUGCCGGAUGAUCAUUUCUGGGGCGUAUGUCCUGCCCGAUGACGAUCGUAGACUCAGCAAGAUGUUCCCCGAGAUCCCCCUCACCUCUGCAGAGGAUGUUAUCGCCAAGGCCUGGACCGGCAAAUGA